AUGUUGCGAACUUCAAAACAAAAGUUUCAGCCGGCUAAUGUUGGAGAAACUGUCCGUAUUCGAGUUCCAGAUGUUGAUCGUAGUAAAAUGGAUCCCCAAAAUAUUUUAGCUGUAGUAUUAGAUAUAGUAGAUAAUGAUUUUUAUAAAUUAGCUACCAAAAACGGUGUUAUAAAUCGAUUAUACACCAGAAACCAGUUUUCAGUGUGUAAAGAAAAUUUAAUAUCAAUCACUGAUGUACAAAGGGAUGUACAAAUUUCUUUAAGGGAAGCUUCUACAUCAAAUUCAUUGAUUGGUGGGCAAGGAUAUACAAGAUGUAACUGUAAAACAAAGCGUACUACAAAAAAGUGUAAAUGUAGAAAUGUUGGCAUUUUAUGUAGUACACAAUGUCAUUACAGUUUGUCAUGCUGUAAUAAGUAA